AUGCAGAACAACACGAAUAAUUGGCCCCAUAGCGCUCAUGUAAGCUCGAUUACUUUACGCCCCUAUUAUCAGAACGAGCAAGUGCCUCCAUCGCCACCAAGAACCAGAUCAUCAUCAUCCUGGUCCUCAUCCUCCUCUUUCUCACCAUCCAGAUCUCAACCUCCAUCACCUAAAAGAGUACGAUCCUCCUCUCCCUCCCCCCCAAAUCUCCUCACCACCCGCCAAAAAGACGAAGAAUACUUCCUCUACCUCGAAAUCCACAACAAAAUCCUCUCUCAGAUCAACGAGCGCGCAAGCGGCAUCCCUAAUCCAGACAGUGAUUUUAUUAGAAUCGCCACAGGAGAAGAAUCAAUAAGACAAUAUCUCAUUUUGAAGACACUUGAUACAUUCUCCUCGCAGGAAGUCAUGAAAAUUGGUAUCUUCCUGAGUCAAAAUCGCUGGGUUAGGUUGUGGUUGCAGAAUUUGCUGGAUGAUGCCGAGGAGGUGAAGAGGAGAGAGGGGAAGGUGGUGAUGUAUAGGUGGAGAGAUGUGGUGGGGGAUUUGGUGGUAGGGAAUAGGAUUGUGAGGGGGUUGUUGACGGGGUUGUUGUUGAAGAAACGUGAGGAUGGGAGGUGGGAGGUGAGAAACUUUGUGGAUGGGGUGUGGUGGAGCGUGUGGAGGAGUUGA